CUGCUCCUAUCCACACAGCCAUGCAGCCCGGGUCCAUUGAAGCACUGCUUCUGCGCACUAUGCCCCAUACCUGUCCGUGAUCGCUAAUCCGAUUGUCUGCUUUGAUUCAGCUGCUGUGCUGCAAGUCUUGGUCUUAUCAUCAUGGCCCGCGUCCCGUUUAUUGGUCGAUUGUUUUGGUUCGAGUACUUGGCUCUCUUUGGUUCGUUGAUCUUGGUGCUGCUGGAAUGGAUCAUACAUAUCAUAACGUUCUGUCUGCCCGAACCUAUCAUUAGGUUCUGUUACGAUCGCUCCAAGACCGUCUUCAACCAUUUGAUCCCCCCGGAGCAGCCCGGCAAACGCGGUAAAGAAGAGCAGGUUGCUGCAGCCGUGGCGCAGGCGUCCGACUUCACCGAUAUAUGUGCACUGUUCGGGUACCAGGCCGAGGAACAUAUCGUUCAGACAGGGGAUGGAUACCUGCUGGGGUUGCACCGCUUGCCCUAUCGGAAAGGCGAGGAGGACAAGCGUGUCAAUCAGGGUGAGGGGAGCAUCAAGAAGAAGGUGGUCUAUCUCCACCAUGGCCUCAUGAUGUGCAGUGAAGUCUGGGUCUGUCUAUCCGAGGAGCAGCGAUGCCUCCCGUUCCAAUUGGUAGAAAGGGGGUAUGACGUGUGGUUGGGAAAUAAUCGAGGGAACAAGUACUCGAAGAAGUCCGUCAAAAAUUCUCCCCUGUCGAAUGAAUUCUGGGACUUUUCGAUCGAUCAGUUCUCGUUCCAUGAUAUCCCAGACAGUAUCAAGUACAUCCUCGAAGUGACAGGGCAGCCCUCCCUGUCAUACGUCGGAUUCUCGCAAGGAACGGCACAGGCAUUUGCGACACUUUCGAUCCACCCUCUCUUGAAUCAGAAGAUUGAUGUUUUUGUGGCCCUCGCGCCGGCCAUGGCCCCAACAGGCCUUCCGAAUCACCUCGUGGAUUCGCUCAUGAAGGCUUCCCCCAACUUCCUGUUUCUGCUCUUCGGCAGACGCAGUAUUCUUAGCUCGACGACGAUGUGGCAGACGAUUCUCUAUCCACCGAUCUUUGUUUGGAUCAUUGACACGUCACUUCGGGGGCUGUUCAAUUGGAAGUGCAAGAAUAUCAGCCGCUGGCAGAAGCUGGCAGGGUACCUGCAUCUCUUUUCCUUUACUAGCACCAAGUCGGUCGUUCACUGGUUUCAGAUCAUCCGACACCGGAACUUCCAGUUUUACGAUGACGAGAUUCAUGCUCCAAUUAGCAUUGUGGCAAGCGAGCGAUUCUACAAGCCGGUCAAGUACCCGACCAAGAAUAUCAAGACGCCUAUCGUACUACUGUACGGCGGCAGCGAUAGUCUCGUUGACAUCGAUGUGAUGCUGUCGGAGCUGCCGCGCGGGACCGUGGCGAAGAAAGUCCCCCAGUACGAACAUCUCGAUUUCCUGUGGGCGCAUGAUGUGGAUCAAUUGGUGUUCAGUGACGUCUUCAAUGCACUAGAGCAGUACAGCUCCGGGACUCAAGAUGAGACAUUAAUGGACAAAGUCAAUGGUGUGAGAGGACAUGCACCGGCUUGAGGUUUCCGGGACUGCGGUGAUUGCGACAUGCAUGAUUAGAGUGCGUCUCAAGGAGUUCCGGCAUAGGUAGCUAACAUAGCUAAGGAGGGUGGCUUGCGUGUUUCGAGAUGACGAUCUUGAUGAGCGCGUCUCGAUGCGAGACAAGAUCAUUGUUCGCCUUACUCUGUAGAUUUGUUUGCCAUGAGAUGUUUGUCUUGCUUUGAUUGUUUCCUGUAUAGCACACUAUACCACGGUCUAAUAUAGCCUCUACAUAACCAACCAUGAACCAACACAACGGGGUGCCUCAGGG